AUGGAAGCGACCAUUCUGAAAUUAAGCAAACAGGCCAAUGGAAAGAAUCUAAAGGAAUACUUUGAGCAGCAAUCACUGAACGAUAUCGCACAAGUGCUGCGGAAAAAACUGGCCAACAAUGUCAGAGACGAUAUCGAUCCAUUGCUCAUUGUUAGAGCCAUCUUUAUAGGAUCUCCUGCCAAUGGUGGCGAAACAUGUACUCAACGACGAUCCAUCGUUUUUCAGGAGGCCAUGGCAUGGUAUGAAUCGUUGUAUAAUGAAGACAUCGCCACAACUACCGAAAAGGCCCAGGUGGUCAACAACCUUGUCAACAUUCUACUGCCCGAGGUGGAAACCGUGCCACUGAAUGUUCUGUCCCAAGCUGCUCUCGAUAUGGCUCACGCUAUCCAACAGCAAACUGCAUUGCAACCCAAAAUGAUGGAAAUAUUCGCCAAACUAUGGAAUGUCCUAUCAACGGCCGAAGUCAAGGAUAGCACUAACGAGAUUAUCAAAUGUAUUGGCGUCUCCAAAUGGCAUCCUCAAUUAACCGUUAGCCUCGCUUCAGCUUUCAAUGAUAUGGAAUUAACGUCGCAACAACUGGAAGAGGUCGUUACACGGAUCUUUAGGCAACUUAAUGAUCUGGAUGUUGAAGAAAUUCCGCCCGUCAUUUAUCAGUUGCUCUUGUUAACACGCAAGGGUCAUAAACGCAUGAUUCUCGCUGAACUCUGCGGAUACUUUAACAGAAUCGCCAAAACGAAUACUAAUAACCCGGCCUUUAGUCGUAUGGAGGGUACCGUCAUGCUUCAUAUUUCAUUUGCCAUCAAGCAAGAUCAGGACCUUGGUCAAGAACUCGUCAAAUACAUGAAAUCCAACAAAAUGCACCUUAUGGAAACAUUUAAUUUGGCCUGCCUAUUGUCAGCCGCUCGUAUUCAUCGUCUGGAAGAUACAAUUUUCGAUCUGAUCAAGUCCAAUAUUGUUGCCAUUUACAAAGACACUGAAAAAGUCCAAAAAUGUGCAUGGAUCACAGAAUUCUGCCAUGUGGACGGCACACGUGUGCGCCAGAUACUACUGGACAUUGUUGACAAAUCCGCUUCUGGGUGGGAUCAAGUAAUCCAAAGUAUUACUCAACUGGGCAUGAUCUUGAUCGAUACAGCGAAUCAAAGCGCUUGGCUGAGAACCUCAGUGGCUGCCCCAACGCGCGUUAAUCGACACCAUCAAGGACCUAUGGAGAUCAUUGCAUCGCUUGGUAUCGAGAUAUUGACCAAGAUGUUCCAGGCAAGUGAAAUCUUGGAUCAAAUCACUUCACGCAUUGUUUCACGGUCGCCUAGUGCUAUGCAUUUCCUGGAAUUGCUCGAUAAUGUCAUCACGACCUGUGCGGACGGCAUGGAUGCUUAUUUGAACAAUAUCAAAGAUACCCUUGAUUACUUGUCCUUUCUUCCUCACGCCACCGCUGAACGUUUGUUGAAAGCGAUUUUACCCGUGGCCCAAGCGAACCAACAAUUCCGUGAUGGUCUGAUCCUCGUAUUACGAAAAAGCAUGUUUGCCAAAGAUGUCGAUGGUCGAAAAGUGUCGGUAAAUGGUUUCCUCAAUCUACUCCGUGCCCAGUUGUCGACCAAGAGAAACAAUGCGGCGGGAUCUUCGUCGUCACGAUCAAUGUCGUCGGAUGGCGUAGCGUUUGAGAUUCUAGGUUUGCUGCGGAGAUGCUUUAGUCAACAAGCGGAAAUUCGUGCUAUUGCAUACAAUGGACUAGGCGAUCUCGCUCACCAACACAGUGUUCUGGCAACGGAUAUCUUUGACAUCCUCUAUUCGCAGUUCCUCAAAGUAUACGAAAUGGAUACGGGCGUGGCGACUCCGUUGAAGCUCGAUGCUUGUAUAGAAAAUGCUCUUACCGGAGGAUAUCCAAAAAUGGUAGAACCUGUGCAUAUUCUGCUUUUCAAUCUCCUGAAAACAAUGCGCAUAUUGGCGGCCACGUCACAUAAUGAAGUGACCAUGACGACACUGGAGACCUGUCGAGAUGCGAUUGCUUCUUUAACUUUUCGUUUAUCGAAAUCGGAUCUGGAAGACUAUGAGCUCGACAAGACAUCCAACCUCGAUAUGGCUACUCACCUCGGUUUGCGCAACAAGUUGUAUUCGAAUCUAUUGCUCGGAUGUUACGAGACGGCUAUCGAGCAUGAGUUUAUUACCAAGGGCGACGAUGUCGAAUCUUUUGAGCUUAUUCUAAACAUCUUUAAAAAACGCAAAGCUUUGAUGACAUUGCUCAAGGAAAAUGCUACCAACGAAAAAGGACGUAAACUAGCGAGUCACCAGCACAGCGGUUCCAUGUUCACCUUGGAAUUCAUUACGACUGUUACCAAAGCUCUCUUCUUGCAAGGCAACGUGCAAACCCCUGUGCGUAGUCUGCGUUCCGACAUCGACUUUAUUCACUUUAUCAUCUCCAAUACCCAAUCGAGCUUGCUGCAGGCUGUCAAUAGUGAAUGGACCGAUUUUGAUGACGAUCAUUUCAAGAAUUGCGUCGAACUGGGUCAAGUAUUUAUGCACAUUCUCAUGACAGAAGACUCGGACAGUAGUUUUAUCAACCAUCAACCCAAAAAGGGUCAUUCGGUACUUGGUACCAUCAUCGAAUCCACAAAGGUCAUCUUUGAGACCACGGUUCAAAUUUGGCCAGAGCGGUUUGUCCGGUACCUGGAUCAGUUAUUAACGGUGGCUGCACCGAAUAUCGCACGGGACGGUUCGUCAUCCCGCACCACGAAUAAAAUCUUAUCGGAUACCGUGGCUGAAUUCAAGGAUAUCAUGACCAAAUACCUUGCUGAUCAAGGUCAACUUUACAAGGAAGCUGCGAGCGUGAUGCAAAUCAUUGUGUUCUUGUGGAAAAAGUUGGAUCGGACGGCCACCGACUUUACGAAAUAUGCAACGCGCAUGGUGAAUUGGUUGGACGAAUUUGCACGUGAACGGCCCAUUGAAGAUGUCACGAUUGCCAAAGAAAUGAUUGCUCUGUUGAUUCAAGCGUCGACGGAAACAGCGUCCUUUGAUAUUGUGGUGUCCCUUGCCAAAGAUAUACAUACCUUGAUGGGCGAUCUCGAGGCGACAACCGCCAACAGCCAAUCCGAUCAACCGGCAAUCGUCUUUGUUCUUAUCAAUCCAAAAACUCACGGAGUCAUCACCAUGCAAUUACUCUCGUUCGUCGACCAAUCAGCCGACGACAUGUUCUGGUGUAUCAACCGUCUCAAACUUUGUGCUACUGGGACCAAUGUAGAGGAUGAAGUCGUGCUCGAGUUUGAACGUGGGGUUUGCGCACGUAUCAUGUGCUACCUUACGGUGGUCAGUGAAUUGACCAAAGCCGUACUGUCAGGAACCUUUGCAGAAAAUCUGAUCAAAGUGCUUUCGAAAAUAUACAAAAUGUUGGCAGCAUUUGUGAAAUAUAAACUAUUGAAUCCCAAGAUGAUAUCCAAGGAAUUCAGUUUACUGAUCAUGAUGGCGGGCGAAGGCGUGACCGAUAAAAUGUACAAGUUCCUCACAGUACAUGGUCAACGGCAAGAUGAAGUGGGCUCCGGCGGACGCAAAAAGGGAAAGAAGAUUGUCAGUGCAAAAGAAAAGGCCAAAGUGCUUCGUGAGGCCAAAAUGAUCCCUCAUUUGAUUUUUUUGGUGGAACACUUUGAACGCCAUCUGAUUCAGUUGACACGCAAGUCCAAGGUCGAUCUCAUGCAGUACAUGAAGCGCAGCACGGCUCGCGAUUUUAAGAUCAACUUGGCCUAUAUUGACGAGAAUGACAGUUCCGAAGACGAAAAACAAAUCGCCAAAAGAAGCAAUCCGGGUGUAAACGAAAAUGCGUACGAUGAUGAUGAAGCUGAAGAAGGGAUCAAUGAGUAUCCGGAAGAAGGAGAGGAAGCGGGCAGAAGAGGAGGAAGAAGAGCAACCGGAUCAGCCUCGAUAUAA